AUGGCGUCUCUUGCAGGGCGGCUCCUCGGGCUGGCUUCUUUGGCUUCAGCCUUUGUCAGUCGAGACGGGACCGGCCGUCUCCCAGCUAUGGGAUGGAACUCUUGGAACGAGUACGAAUGCAACAUCAGCGAGGGAGUCUUCAUCACCGUGGCCAGGCAGUUGGUUGACUUGGGGCUCAAGGACCUCGGCUAUGAAUACGUCAACAUUGAUGAUUGCUGGAGCGACAAAGAACUAAGACGUGACGCAACGACCGGCGAGUUGAUACCCGACGCCGAGAAAUUCCCUCGGGGCAUUGUCAAGGUGGCAGAGGAGGUCCACUCACUGGGGCUGAAGUUGGGCAUCUACAGUGAUGCAGGCACCGAUACAUGUGGUGGUUACGCAGGAUCACUCGGGUAUGAAGAACUGGAUGCUGCAACAUUCAGCAAAUGGGGCAUUGACUCAGAGGGCCAAGAUCUCAAGUACGACAACUGCAAUGUGCCACCAGAAUGGGCUGAUGAAUACGAGUACAUCCCCGAGGAACCAGCCAACAAUGCCCCCCCUGGCUAUGACUGGGGGACAUCCAACACCGCUAAACGCUACCGUGUUAUGCAUGACGCCCUCCAAAGACAGAACCGCACCAUCCAAUACUCACUCUGCGCCUGGGGCCACGCACACGUCGAGCGCUGGGGUAACAGCACCGGUCACUCGUGGAGAAUGUGGGGAGACAUCUUCCCCGCGUGGAAGGGCAAAGAGAAAUGGAGCUGGGGCCUGAUGCCGAUUGUCAACCAGGCAUCACUGUUUUGGAAUUAUACUGAUUUCGGAAGCCACAAUGACUGGGACAUGCUCGAGGUUGGCAAUGGGGACCUGACGAUCGAGGAGAACCGCAGCCACUUUGCUCUUUGGUGUGCUUUGAAAAGCGCGCUUAUCGUCGGAACCCCCCUGGAUACAUUGGCGUUGAGAAAGCCCAUUCUCGACAUUCUUUCCAACAAGGAGCUGAUCGACUUCAACCAAGACCCGGUUUAUGGUGCUUCGGCCAUGCCCUACAAAUGGGGCAACGACAGGCCCGCCAACACGUCGGACAGGGACCAUCCGGCUGCUUUUUGGGUGGGCACAUCGGUCAAGGGGAUCCAUGUUUUUCUGCUCAAUACACAUGACACGGCUGUAAACAUGCGGGCUGUCUUUGCCGAGAUCCCACCCUUGAAGUCUGGGGGCAAGGGUUAUUUGGUACACGACAUGUGGACAGGGGAGGAUCUCGGGAUUUUUAGGAAGUAUUUUGAGUUGGAGGUCAAGGCGCAUGAUACUGCCGCGCUGACAAUUACCAAGGCUGAUGGUAAGGCAUCGUCAAAUGGGCUUAGAUGUCUCAGCUCGCUGACUUUAAGUUUCAGGGAAACAUCCUAA